UAUUUAAAACACCCCACAGAGCUCGCUCACACACACAGCACACACAGAGGAGAGUGUGUCAGCAGGAGGACACUGGGCUAAUAUCGGAUAUUUGGGAGUUUAACACUCUAAAGGAGUACCCACAGAAGAUGAAGAAGUCUCCAAAGAUAAAGUCACAGAGCAAAUCGUUUCUUGAGGAGGAUGACGACCUCAGCGCCCUGUUGUGUGAAUUCGACGCUGUCAUCGAGGACUUCUCGUCCCCCGUGGAGAAGCGACACUUCAGAUAUGAUGAGCACCUGAAGACCGUGAAGAGACGGAGCAGCGCGAGCGUCAGCGACAGCGGCAUCAGCGACUCCGAGAGUGCAGAGUCCUUGAAUAGAAACAGUUUCAGCUUCAGUGAUGAGAAGCUCAACUCUCCCAGCGUCUUCUCGACAAACAGUCCCUUGGUCACAUCUCCUAAACCUAAACUCGGAGACACUAAAGAGCUAGAGGACUUCAUUGCCGACCUUGACAGAACAUUAGCAAGCAUGUGAGUAAGAGACGGGAUGACUGGGGCCCACCACACUGUAGCUCCGCUGGGGGACGACAGCCAGACUGCUCCUGACGAACCUGAACUACUGUGAAGAUGGAGAAGACAUGGUCAGGGUUUCACAUGCUGAACGUGUAUACUUACGCCCAUACAAACACUCAAAUACGAACGCAUAAAAAUACACUUUCGACAGGAAUGGCUGUGCUCUCUGAAAAACUUAAGCUGUAAGAUUAUUUAAAUAGCUUUUUAUUGAAAUAUAUUUUUAAUUUUAUAGAGUUGGUUGUAAAUGUAUCUGUAAUACCGUUUUGUGUAUAUAUAUUUUUGUAUUUCAUGUAAAUAUCGCCUUGCUAUAAGCCUUUUGUCACAGAAGAAAAACGUAAUUCUUAAUUCAUUAGAAAAACUGGAAAAGCAAUAAUAACGUGUAUUUAAUACAACUAAUGUCUUCUAAGAAAUUAAAAGGUGACAGAUUUUAA